AUGGGGAAAGUCAUCAAGCCUUUCUCUCAGCAAGCCUACUCUGUGCAGACAGCGGGGACCACCACGAUCUCAGGCUAUGAACCUCCCAGUGCAGCCCAAACGCACCGAGAGCCGGCAUGGCAGGGUCGCUCCAUCGGCACCACCAAACUACGACUGGUGGAGUUUUCAUCUUUCCUGGAGACACAGAGGGACCAGGAGGCAUACAACAAGCACCUUUUUGUGCACAUCAGCCAGAGCAGCCUGAGCUACAGCGAUCCGCUGCUGGAGUGUGUGGACAUCCGGCAAAUCUACGACAAGUUCCCCGAGAAGAAGGGAGGUCUGAAGGAGCUGUUUGAUAAGGGCCCACAAAACGCCUUCUACCUGAUCAAAUUCUGGGCGGACCUGAAUUAUAACGUGCAGGACGACCCCGCGGCCUUCUACGGUGUGACCAGCCAGUACGAGAGCUCGGAGAACAUGACAAUCACCUGCUCCACCAAGGUCUGCUCCUUUGGCAAGCAGGUGGUUGAGAAGGUUGAGACGGAGUACGCGAGGUUUGAAAACGGGCGUUUUGUCUACAGAAUCAGUCGUUCGCCGAUGUGCGAAUACAUGAUCAACUUCAUCCACAAGCUCAAACACCUGCCGGAGAAAUACAUGAUGAACAGCGUGCUGGAGAACUUCACUAUUUUGCUGGUGGUGAGCAACAGAGACACUCAGGAAACGUUGCUGUGUAUGGCGUGUGUGUUCGAGGUGUCCAACAACGAGCACGGAGCACAGCACCACAUCUAUCGACUCAUCAAGGAAUAACACACACACAUAUACACACUCGCGUUGAAACACAUGUAUGGCCUUUGCUUGGUGUUUUUUUUUUUCCUUUUUUGUGACAUCGGAGCUAAAAAUGUCUCUAAAAAUUAGUUUUAGCCAAACAAAUUCGUGAAAAAAAAGAAAAAGGCUGCAUUUUCACUGAAAGUAACUGGGGUAAAAAAAAAUUUUUUUUAAUUAACGCCAGAUGUGACACCGCAGAAACCUCCUCAACAGGAGCAUAUCCACACUAACUGCAAACCUGGUGAUCGGUAGCUCAUUAGCUAUAAUGAUAAUAAAAAAAAGCACAGUGGUAGUGCAGCCAUAAAAACACAUCAGAAUCGACCUGGCGCAUUUCCCCAAGAACAUCCUGACUCUGAUAUCACCAGGGGAUGUCACGUCUCCACUAAUUGGAUCCUUCUUCUCUUUCUCCCAGUUUUUUUUCUCUUUUCUGUCUUUUUUUUUCUCUUUCCUAUCUUGAUGAUGGAAAUGAAAGUGGUGUUUCUGUCACGAGUUUUGGUGAAAGUCGACCCAGGGAGAAGAAAGAAAGAGAGGGGGAGAUAAAAAAACAACAAAAAACAGAGAGAGUGAGAUCUCAUAAUUUCCCCCCCGUGUGUUAUCUGUCAGGAAACUGACAGGCGCUGAAGGUCAGACCCUGUGUAUCAUCAAUAAGCAGAGAAAGCUGGAGGAAAUAACACUACUGCAUUAUCAUAUAGUAGAAUAUAGAGGUGGAUUUGUACAGAUGGACACUGCAAAUUGUGUGAGCUGAAUUCUUAUACAAGAGGUUUGUCCCAAAGAAAAAGAAAUCAAAUUUUUACCUUUUUGUAUGUUUUCUUUACAAAAAAAAGAAAAGAAAAAAAUCUUCUAAACUUUGGGGAGUUGUUUAUUGAUAAUAGCAUAGAGAUUCUAUUUUAAUUCCACAAUCACUAUCUAAACCUUAUGUUAAUAAUAAGAAACUAUAAGUGAAAUUGAACAAUUCAGGUAGCUUUUUUUGUGCAACAGGUGACUCUUUAUUUUGCUUAAAAGACUAACAAAAUUAUAAUCCUCAAGAUUUCAGAAUCCUGUUUUGUGGGCUUUUAUUGUGAAGCAGCAGCUGUAGGAAACGCCAGCUCUGUGGGAGAACGGCAAACGGUGAAACUGACGUCACUGAGACGUCAUUAGAAAUGCUAAAACUGGAUUCCAUAAACAGAUUCAACGUGGAAUUGCAGGCUUCAUCCCAAAACUGUGACAGCUGUCACACAGAGGGGUGAUUAACAGGUCGAAAUGUGAUUACAAACUAUGAUCAACUAUUAAUAUGAGUUUGCAGAUCUUAAGGAUUAUAAUCUGAAGCAGACUCUGGUCUACUGAAAAGCACUGUGAAUUUUAAACCUUAUACAUUGCCAUUCAUGGUGUACACGUAGGGAAAAAAGUUUUACUGCUGUUUUUAUCGUGUAAAUUACUUUUGCAACUUAAAGGGGACCUAUUGUGUUCAUUUCCAAAUUUUCAUUCUUUUAGUCUCCUAGAGUAGCUUUGCAUGCGUCACAGUUCAAAAUAAUCCUCCUUUAUCUUAUUUUGGUCCUUGAUGUAGCCCUUCAGUUCAUUCAAUGUCUGAGUCAGCCUCCCAUUAUUAAACCCAACUUCUUCUAAUUGGCCACUACCUGCAAACAGAAGGCUCAGCAGGUAGGCGGGGCUUUUGUACACAGAGGUUUUUUUUUGUUUUUGUUGUUGUUUUUUUUGCUAUCUGAAGCAGAAACCUGAGCUUUUGGUUCACAGGGAUUACUUAUACAUUCCCGGACAUAUUAUUUAAAAUGUUGGCCUAGUUUAUUCCAAGUGUCCACAAUUUUAACUUUAUAUAUGAUGGAAAACAAGGAAAAGUAUAAUAAGUCCCCUUUAAUGUUAUCUUAGGUAAGUGUGAUGACCAUGCCCAUACUAGCAAGCCUGAAUAUUACAUCCAUAUUUAGAUGGGACAGCCCUGACCAGAAGCAUUCUCACCUCAGUGUCAGGGUUAUUUUAACUUUAGAUGACACAGUUCCCCUCAACCACUACAACACAGGUUUUUCUGGUUAUAUAAUAUUUAAAAAGUAAUUUAUGAAUUUUAAAAAACCAAAAACUCUUGAUGGAGUGUACUGUAGCAGGUGUCGUCUGGUGGUUUGUCUGUGUCAUGCCCAGCAGCAUGAAGUGCCUUUGGCUGGAAACAGCAUUAGACAUUUCUAUUGUGUUUCCCAAAAGUCCUGAUAAUUUGAUGUUGUAGGUGGUGCAUGGGACAAAAAAACAAAAACAUUUUAUUGUACAGGAACAUUUUGGUCCCACAUGCCCCUGUUUUCUGUGUCCUGGGAUUAGUUUAUCCAAAUUCCAUGUAAAAGUGGUUCUUUAAUUUAAUUUGUGGACAGUCCUGAUUAAUUUUUUCAAUUUUUUCUGAUGUCUUUGGGAUAAAUUCUUGUUCAUGUGGUAUCUAUUGGCAGUAUUUAUUCCAUGUAUUUGCAUUUGUUUAUUACAUGUAUGACGGAUUCAUGUAGAGAGAGCUUGUGCACUAGAUAUUACCUGGCGCCUCGUUCAUAAAAUGCAAUUGUUUGGACUUGUCACUGUUUGGACGACCUGCUCUUACAAACCUGCUGUAGAAUCAUUUUGAUUAUCUGUUUUAUAUAGAAGCUGUUAAAAGUAGUGGAUGCCAUCAAUUAACUUUUUACAACUUUAAUAUCUCUGUCUGAUACAGCUACAGCUAGCAGGUUAGCUUAGCUUAGCAUAGCAAUGAAAG